GUGAGGUUAUCUGGUGCCACCGUACUUGAGUAAUUCAUUCUAGUUUAAAUUCAAUAUUUUUCCUGUGAUGGAUGGCCUUAAUGAAUACGAAACGUUUUUGGAUGUUCACAAGCCCCAGCUGCUAGCAUCCGGAGUGCCGGAUCACCUUUGGCCAGAGCUGUUCCGUAAGCUCAAACAUCAGGCCUUCGAUGCCGGCGAUUGUUUUUCUCUGCUGUUCGUAGAUUAUGAAGACGGUGAACGUUCUGAGGAGGAUCCAAUCUGGACGGUGACCGUAACGAAGGAGGGAGGCAUUCGUGCGAACGAUCCAACCGAGAUAUACUUGGUAGACCAUGCGUGGACUUUUCGAACGGACAAUGCACGUCAAUUACUGAACGAGCAUCCACCGCUGGUAAACCGGCUAGCAAUAAUGAUGGGAAUUGAUCAGCAAGACGUGCCAAGUACUGUAGUUAUUACUAAAAUACUGAACGAUGUUUGGAAAUGGUGCUGUAUGUAUUCAUUGAAUGCUGAAGGUUUGUCGGUAGAAAGUAGAAUGCCCAUUUGGUAUGUCAUGGACGAGCUGGGAAGCGGAAUUUUACACAGAGAUACACCUAACUGUAGAGUCGUGCCUUUCAUCCACGUGCCGGAACAAAUGACUUACAGUUUACUAUUUCCAAUCGAAGAUCUUCAAGAAGGAGACCAGCUCUACCGAGAUUUUGUGGAAGGGACACCCAGCGAAAGCAAAGAACGUGACGCGCUUCUACUACCCUGGCGUUACACUUCACUAACAGAGGAAAGCUUUGCCCAAAAAGAAGCUUCCAAAGAUUAUUUCCUCGCUGGUCACGUAGAAGAAUCCUUACCUAGUAGUGAUGUAGCGCCGCCACUGUUCGAUGGAAAUGGUCCUCUUAAAGUCUAUUCCCAGUAUGAUAUGGUUAAUCAAUACCUUACUGAUCCUGCCUACGAACUUGUCGACAACCCAGAAGAUGCGGAUAUCCUUUGGUUAACAACACAUUUUAAACAAUAUCUCGAAUUCAGUGCAUCAACACCGAAUAAGUUCAUCAACCAAUUUCCGUUCGAGAAUGUAAUCACUAUCAAGGACCUUCUUAGUAUCGUGUGUCGACGAAUGGCCAAAAAGAUAGAUGGAAUGGAACCACUGGCGCCAAAUCCUGAAUGGUUACCGGUAACAUAUAAUCUUAAAACUGAGUUGAUUGAAUUUGUAAGUUAUUAUCAAAACCGUGCCCGAAGGGGACUUGAUAACCACUACAUUAUUAAACCGUGGAAUCUCGCCCGCGGGUUGGACACUUACAUUACCAAGAACCUAGCUCAAAUCAUGCGCUUACAGCAAACUGGCCCAAAAAUUGUUCAGAAGUAUAUCGACAAGCCAGUUCUUUUCCGAAGACCGGAAGUGGAAGGACGGGUAAAAUUUGAUAUUCGUUAUGUGCUGCUGCUAAAGAGUGUUGAUGAACUUUCAGCUUACAUUUAUAAUCAGUUCUUUUUGCGUUUUGCGAAUAAACCCUUUGAGCUAAAUGAUUUUGAUGAUUACGAAAAACAUUUCACCGUUAUGAAUUAUUCGCAGUACCAACUCAGACACAUGAAGUGCGAAGAGUUUCUGGAGCAGUGGAAACUGCAAUAUCCAAAACAUGAGUGGUCGACGGUCGAGGAGGACAUUUGUCAUAUGCUGAAGGAGAUGCUGCAGGGAGCAACUCGUCUACCACCACCAUGCGGCAUCAGUCCUAAUGCACAGUCGCGUGCCCUUUAUGCAGUUGAUUUGAUGCUAGAGUGGUCCGACAACGGAAGUCGCAUUCAGCCCAAAAUCCUUGAGGUUAAUUUCACACCGGAUUGCAAGCGAGCCUGUGAGUACUACUCCGACUUCUAUAACGACGUCUUCAAUUUACUGUUCCUUGAUCAGGAUAAUCCGGAUGCAUUCCGUAGGAUCGUUUGAGAUAAACUUGCUAGGAAAGCUUUAUGUAGCUAUAAUCUGUACUCAUUAUCACUGCAAGCACAUAGCGAUAGUAAUAAAUCGUU